AUUUGCCUUUGAUUACAUCAGUUGUUUUAUGAUUUGCUUCCCCGGAAUCGGAUAAAACUCUGCUAGUCAUUUCUGUGAGAAGAUGGAGGUCCAGUUCGGGCCGACGUGGACGUCCUUCAAGUUCAAUUAUCACUGAAAAUCAACUGCGUUGGAGCGAGUUGUAGAAGUAGAGCAGUGGAGCUGCACGUUAUUCAGAAUGGAUGUGUAAAGGGGACGCCAUGCCUCGGCGAGUCAUGUUGCAGGGGGCGGGGCCAGGCGACAAGGUACCCGCACACCUGACCAGUGUUCCCGUCUCGCUCAUCGGCACCGACACCGACUGCUCCGACAAAACCGUCAAGGGGAAAGUGGUUCGUAAAGGCCCGCUGGUGUCGUUAGCGUCUCACAGCUUUAUUCUAAAGGCUGUAAUUCAAGAAGAAGACUCAUCCCAAAGCGCAUCGAUUAACGUCGUCCUGAUCGGAGAGCUAGCGGAGGAGUUCAGUCGAGCUGUCAAUCAAGGGGACGUGGUUGUGGUCUCUGGGCUUCUCUGUGGGCAGAUCCCCCACGGGUUCACAAAAGACGGGCUCCACCCCUUCAACCUGCUGCUGUCCGGAGACACCGCCUGCGUUUAUGUGUCCCCUCCUCCUCCUCCUGCUCCUGAUGACCCCAGCACCUCGAUGGCCAACCAGAGGAGCUCCGCCCUCCCCGCUCAGGUUUCCAGGAUGACCGAGGCUCCAAAGUACAGUCGCCUGGGCGACCUGAAGGCCGGGUCGGUGGUCAACGUGUACGGAGUGGUGGUCUUCUUCAAACAGCCCUUCAUGAGCCGCGGCACGGACCUCUGCUCCACCCUGAAGAUCACCGAUCAGUCCGACCAGAAGAUCGCCUGCACGGUGUUCAGUAAGAAGCUGGAGGACCAUCCCCAGAUCUUCGGAGUCGGGGACAUCGUGCGCCUGCACAACGUCAAGGUGACAGACUUCAAAAACUCGGUGACGCUGAUGAACACCUUCCGUUUCUCUGUGCUGGCGUUCGACGGGGCGGAGGGCGACCCGCUGGAGCCGCGCACUUCCAGCAGGUCCUUCCACCUGGACCAGGAGGACCGCCGGACCGUGGAGGAGCUGAGGACCUGGGCCGCCAGCCAGGGCCUCCUCCUCCCCACGACCCCCCUGUGCGCCGCUCAGCCCAAAGACUACUUCGACUUGACCUGCCAGCUGCUGGCCAAAGCCCCCAUGGACACCACCUGCACCCUGCUGAGGGUGUGGGACGGGACCAGGUGUGCUCACACCCAGCUGAAGGUGAUCGUCGAGCCGAGCGUGGUGGACGGACCGACCUCCUUCUCCGCGGCGAGAGAGAGGCUUAUCGCCGACGUCCUUGUGUACGACAACCACGUCGAGUCGGCGCGCCAGCUCAAGCCGGGGGACUUCCUGAGGAUCUACAACCUUCGAGCGAUCCCCAUGUCCAGUAAGGCGCCGCCCCCCGCCAGCCGCCGGUCGGAGGAGGGCGGGAGGGAUCACCUGGGUUUCCACCUGCAUGGGGGGACGGCGUUCAGCAGGGGCAUCCGAGUUCUUCCCGAAAACAGCCCUGCGGUGCGGGAGCUGAAGAGAGUGAUGGAGGCCGUCCCACAGGAGGACGGGGACGACUUCUCCGAGAUGAACGACUCACUGCUGCUGGAGGUCUGGAGCACUCCACCACAGUCCCCAGAGGCGGAGGCGAUGGAGGUCAGCACAGGCGUGUGUGUGUCAGAGAGGAGCUGCGCUCACGACGUGGGCCCGCUGUCUCUGUCCGAGGUGAAGCGGCUCCAUCCGGGUGGAGUUCACCACGUCAGAGUGCAGCUGAGGAGCUACGAGCCGGUCCGACUCCACCAGGCGCUGAAGCUCUACUGCAGCAAGUGCUCGUCCAUGCAGGACGUCCCAGAUGAUGAACUGGUGGCGAGUCUCUUCUCUGAGGCCUCCAAGGACCCCGAGCCCUGUUGCCCCCCGCCGUGGGCGCUCUCUGGACAGGUCCUCGUCCCCGGAGAGUCCGUAGCGUCCCCGGGACGGUCUCUCAGCGUCCUCCUGUCCACGGACUUCCUGUGCGAGGACACAAAGCGAGAGCUGAUCUUCCUCGCGGGUGCGACUCUGGAGGAAACGUGUCGACGCGGCGGCUACCAGCACGUCGUCCCUGUGAGGUCAUCGGGAGGUCACAUGACCCUGCUCGACCUGUCGGCCCCCUUUCUGCUGAGAGGGAGGAAGAGAUUCUACGGGUGUAAGCGGUGCUCCGAGGCCGCAGUGAGAGAACCAGCGUUCGUUGAAGGAGCCGAGCGGAUCGAUGAGAAGCUUAUUGCAGAAGCUCUCGGCGUGGAGCCACUGCAGUUUGUCCUGCUGAUGAAGAUGAAGCUGCAGGACGCCACCGGCGUGCUGGACGUCUUCCUGUGGAGAGGAGCCGAGUCCUUCUUCGGCGUGGCGGCGGAGGACGUGGCGGCCAAUCAGGAGGCUCAGGACGGCAUCCGUCAAUUGAUGGCCUUCCUCUGUCCAGCAGGGGGCAGCACAGCCCAGCGGCCCUGGAUGGAUUUGUGUCUGACGGCGUACCAAGGGGAGGACGAUGAAGGCCGGCCUCAAACCUGCUACCAGAUCCACCACAGCACCGUCACCAGACCCGCCUCCACCCAUUCCAACCCCGCCUGAACCGCACGCAGGUCAAAGGUUACCAAAGAAAGAAAAACUGUUUCUAAACAUUUACGUACGGGAUUUUCUUUCCUUUUAUUUCACGUGUUUUGUGAUUUUUUUUGUAUUUAUUGUCAAGAACUAAAUAAAUGUAUGUGAAAUGUUUUAAACUGCAGAUUGACAUGUUUCAAUAAAGUCGUUCAAUUUUAA